AUGGGUAAAACCUUAACAACUUCUCUUAUUGUUGAAACCAGCCAUUUAAUAACAGGGGAACUUAAGGAAUCACACUUAGUACAAAAUUGUGUUUUGACUAAAUCUGAUGAUCAAAAAGAGGAUGAACUUCUGCUUAACAAUUUGGGCAUGGGCAACGAACAGUCUCUGGGGACUCAGAGAACUUUGCAGGAUCGGAAUGACUUUAAGUGCCGUCCCCAGAAGGUGUGUUUAUGUCCGUUCCUGCCAAUACAUCCGCUGAAGGUCUCCACCUGCUUGUAUAUAAUUCAGCAUCCAGCAGAGGAAAGUCGAGUGUUAAGGACGGUGCCUUUGCUAGCAGCUUGUCUUCCACCAGACAAGUGUAAAAUUUUGGUUGGUCGACGUUUUAGUGAAGACAGGUAUCCUGAAUUAGCAGCUGUGUGCAGAAAUCCCAAUACUUUAAUUUUGUAUCCUGGAGCUGAAGCAACCAAUUUGGAAGAAAUUGCUGUGAUGUCUUCUAGUUCAUCUGUGAUGAUCAUCAUCGAUGGUACAUGGAGUCAGGCUAAAGAUAUAUUUUACAAAAAUUCUCUCUUCCGGCUUCCCAAGCAGGUGCAGAUAAAACCCAACAUUUCAAGUCAAUACGUAAUUCGUACACAGCCAACAAACACUUGUCUGUCUACACUUGAAUGUGCAGCUGUUGCUCUUACUGUCAUGGAAAAAAAUAAGAAUAUACAAGAGACUAUACUCCGUCCACUUCAAGCUUUAUGCUCUUUCCAGCUUCAGCAUGGUGCCCAGAUCCAUCACAGCAAGGAGCAUCUUCUCAAAAAUGGCUUAUAUGACAAGCCAAUGCCAAAGAGUAAGCGCAAACUCAGAAGAAUGGAGCUUUUGGUGAAUAAUGUUAAAAUAUAA